AAAACCUUACACAACCUUACCUUCCAAAACCUCCCCUUUUCUUCACCAACUCCUCAUUCACAUAAAAGCUCAUAUCUCUCUCGCCCUCUUUCUCUCUGUGUAUUAAAAUCUGAUUUUUAUUUUUAUUUUUAAAUUUCUUGUAAUCAAAGCUAAAGCUGAGCUGAGCUGAUAAUUCAGAAACUUUGAUAGACGAUACAUAGUAAAUAUCAUAGCAUGGAGAUCCCAGUGAUCAACAGGAUAAGCGAUUUGGAGCUUUCAUUGCAAAACCCAUCAAUGUUUUCUCGGGCUUUUUCGGUUUCUGGCUUCGAAGCCAUUCGAUUUUGGAAAUGGGGUGCUCUGGUUCUUGCUCUAGUCGCCUCGUUUAGCGCAAUAAUGAACAGGGUCAGGAUUUUAAUCGUGAAAUUCCAAAGGGCAAGUUCAGCAGCUUCUGAACCUCUCUUAAAACUCGUCGACGACGACGACAUUUACAGUAGCGACGACGACGACGACGACACUUCUUCUGUGUCGUCUUCUAUAGAAGAAGAAGAAGAAGAAGAAGAAGAAGAAGAAGAAGAAGAAGAAGAAGAAGAACCCAUGGAUGAAGAUUUCCGGGUCGCCGGGUCGGGUCGUGGAUACUUCGGAAGAAGUCAAGGGCAAAGUCGUAAUUCGAAGCUAUGGCAACGGUUCUCGUGGACAGACUUGGCUAGUGGUAGCGUUGUGAAGCUGUGGGACCAUUUGGGUUUGGGGUUAGACUUUGACGGCGAAGUUGACGGCGACCUCAUUUCCGUUUACGAUAUGAACAGGGAACAAAGGGUAACGUCUCUUUUAGGCAGGAAAUCGGGUGUGAUGGCCGUGUCGCCGUUAAAUUCGGGGUCUGUUGUGACAGCGGCAGAAAAGGGCGUGUCUGGAAACGUGUCGCUGAAGGUGUGGGACACGCGUGUCCGGUGUCGGAUACCUGAGAUACUCGCCGAAUGGGGGCCACAGCUUGGGAAAAAGAUCGUGGCCGUUGGAUACGGCGGUGUCGGAAAAGUGCACGUUAGAGAUGACGACAGCGAGGUUGUUGGGGACAUUAGGAACGCUACAUCGCCGUUAGUGGAUUUAACGGUAUCUGAUGUGGACACGUGGUGGGACGCCGAUGCCUUUAUUGCUCCAGACGAGUUGUAAUAAUUAAAUUAAUUACGAGUUGUAUUCGCUCCUCAAAAAAAAAAAAAAAAAAAAAAAAAAAAAAUUACAAGUUGUAUUCACGCGUCUUAAGCUGUAAUGGUAAUAUAUAGAUUUGGACAAAAAUUUGUGGAAUAUUUGAUUGGAA